GUGUACUGUAAAUCUUCUUUCAUUCCCUUCUCUCUUUGAUUAUCAUAUUCCUUUUUCUCUCUUAUGGCUUCUUUUCCUUCUUCAUGGCCGUGUGUUGUUUUGAUCGCUUUGUUAUGUUCAUUGUUUCUUCUCGGGCUUGCUUCCAGCAAUGUUUAUAUUGUAUAUAUGGGGGAGAGACACACUGAUGAGCCAAAUCUACUGGAAGAUUCUCAUCAUCAGAUUCUUUCAGACAUUCUUGGAAGUAAAACUGCCAUGAUCUCAAUUGAACACAGCAAAGAAUCUGCCAAGGAAUCCAUUUUAUACAGCUACAAACAUGGGUUUUCAGGGUUUGCUGCAGUCCUCAGUCAGUCUCAAGCUAAGCUUAUUGCAGAUGUCCCCGGAGUUGUUCAUGUAGUUCCAAAUAGAAUCCUAAACCUGCACACUACUAGAAGCUGGGAUUUCCUGCAAGUAAAGCCUCAAAUUGUGGAUGGUAUUCUUUCAGAAGGCCAUUCAGGCUUGGGGACUAUUAUUGGUGUCAUGGAUACUGGUAUAUGGCCUGAGUCCGAAAGCUUCAGAGAUGAUGGCAUGGGAAAGUUUCCAUCUCGAUGGAAAGGGAUAUGCCAGGAAGGAAACAGAUUUAACCGUUCGCAUUGCAAUAGGAAAAUUAUCGGUGCACGUUGGUACAUUAAAGGGUAUGAAGCUGAAUUUGGAAAGCUUUCCCCAAGUGAUGGGGUUGAGUUCUUGUCUCCUCGAGAUGCUGUGGGCCAUGGUACUCACACCUCAUCUACUGCAAGUGGUGCUGAAGUAAAAAAUGCAAACUUUAGGGGACUAGCCCAAGGAAUAGCCAGAGGAGGUGCUCCUUCAUCAUGGUUAGCUAUCUACAAAGUUUGUUGGGCUACUGGUGGCUGUAGCUCAGCUGACCUUCUUGCCGCAAUUGAUGAUGCUAUCUUUGAUGGUGUGGAUAUUAUUUCGGCAUCUUUGGGCUCACCACCUCCACUUUCAACUUACGUUGAUGAUGCGCUGGCUAUUGGUUCUUUCCACGCUGUAGCAAGAGGAAUAUCUGUUGUAUGCUCUGCAGGCAACACUGGUCCUUAUCCUCAAACUGUCAUUAAUACUGCUCCUUGGGUUAUGACUGUUGCUGCAAGCACUAUUGAUCGAGAUUUCCCUGCAGUGAUCACCCUGGGGAACAACCAAACUGUAGUGGGCCAGUCUUUCUAUACAGGAAGGGGCUUGAACAAGUUUCAUCCUAUUGUAUAUGGAGCAGAUAUUGCAGCCACUAAUAUUGAUGGAACCAGUGCAGGAAGUUGUGAUUUGGAAACUCUGAAUGCCACUCUAGCAAGAGGUAAAGUAAUUCUUUGUUUCCAAUCUCGGUGGCAGAGGUCGGCUGCCAUUGCUUCGAAAUCUGUACUUGAGCUCAAGGGUGCAGGAGUUAUAUUUGCACAGUUUCCUACUAAAGAUGUCUCUUGUCCAUGGAGUUUUCCCUGUGUCCAAGUGGACUUUGAAGCUGGGACAUCUCUGCUGACUUACAUGGCUGCAAGCAGAAAGCCAGUCGUCAAGUUCAGCUUCUCAAAGACGGUUAUCGGACAACAGCUAGCCCCAGAAAUAGCGUAUUUUUCAUCACGAGGACCUAGUUCCCUUUCACCAUCAGUGUUGAAGCCAGACAUUGCUGCUCCAGGAGUUGAUAUAUUGGCCUCCUGGUCACCUGCUGCUUCAUCCAAGCUACUCAAUUCUCCUCAAACUAAAGCAUCUCCAUUUAACUUUAAACUUGAUUCGGGAACUUCCAUGGCUUGUCCCCAUAUAUCCGGCAUUGUUGCACUUCUCAAAGGAAUCCAUCCCAAGUGGAGCCCUGCAGCAAUUAAGUCUGCACUAGUAACAACAGCUUCUAUGAAGGAUGAAUAUGGCCAAAAUACAGUAGCUGAGGGAGCACCCCACAAGCAAGCUGACCCAUUUGAUUAUGGAGGUGGCAAUGUAGAUCCAAAUAAAGCUCUAGACCCAGGUCUCAUUUAUGACAUUAAACCCUCAGAUUAUGUCUGCUUCCUUUAUGCAAUGGGUUAUAACAGCACUGCCAUCAGGUUAAUGACUAGGGUUCACACCCCAUGUCAUAAAUCAGUCAAGUUCCUCCGAAAUCUAAAUUUGCCUUCUAUAACAUUACCUGAGCUUAAGCAACGUAUGACCGUCUCAAGAACCGUUACAAAUGUCGGUCCAGUGAACUCCAUUUAUGUAGCCCGCAUUCAAGCUCCCGCAGGCAUUGACGUGAGUGUCGAGCCAUGGAUUUUGACAUUCAAUUCAACAACAAAGAAGCUGAAGUUCAAGGUAACCUUUUGUUCUCAACUAAAAGUUCAAGGAAGAUACUCGUUCGGAAACCUAUACUGGGAAGAUGGCAUUCAUGUAGUAAGAAUUCCUGUGGUUGUUAGAAUUGUCAUUAACAAUCACUUGUACUCAGAAACAUGACUUAGAGAUGCCAAUGCCAUAGCUAAAAAUCUGCAUCAAUGAACAAAUAAACUUGGUAAAUCAAAUAUAAUAGUUACUUUGUCUGGUUGCUGCAAUCUUUGAAAAUGUACUUGAUGUAUCAGAUUCAAAGCACACACACAAGGCAACAAAGUUAAAUGGUGGUUCCUUUUUUACCAUUAUAGGGGUCCAUUGUGAGUUUGUGGAUGAGGGUCAUUGAGCCAAGGGAGUUAAUGUACAUGUGCUCAAUGACAAAUGGGAGAGACUUUUCUUUUUGGAUUUGAUGCAUUGAACAUGUUGCAAAAACUAGGUAGUGGCCUUUAUGUGAGUGAUGAUAAAGUAGCUAAGCACCCAAAUUAGAUAAGGGUGAAAAGACUAUGUAUGGAUUGUGGGUCCUGACAUUCUUGAAUUAUGCUUCCCUCCUAGCUAGUUCAUUGUAUGAUAUAUUAAAUUUUAGAUUGUUUAGUAUUUUAAACCCAAAUUAGCUA